CAGCCGAUCCGCCCUCCGUCCGCCCGGGGUUUUGCGUCCGCCGCUCCCUCCUCCCUCCUCCGCCCUCCGCUCCCUCGCUCCGCCUCGCCUGGAUCAGCCCUCUGGUAUUUCCUGCUGCUCGGCGACAGCUGAGCCCCUCGCGGGCCCAGCGCGGCCCGGCCCGGCCCGAGCACUGAGCGCGACCGGCACGAAGCCCCCCAGUACCCACGUCAUGAAGGAGGAGGCCUUUCUCCGGCGCCGCUUCUCGCUCUGUCCACCAGCUUCUACUCCACAGAAGACUGACCCCCGGAAACUCCCACGGAACCUGCUUCUGGGCUGCGAAAAUGAGCUUGGUCCCAUCACCCCAGGGAGGGACAUGGAGUCCAAUGGCCCAUCACCAUCCAGAGAUGAAGAGCCCCUGACCCCAGGCUCUGCCACAAAGGUACCACCGGCUGAGUACAGGCUAUGCAAUGGAUCUGACAAGGAAUGUACCUCCCCAACGACCAGGAUCUCCAAGAAGGACACUCUCAAGGCGCAGAAGGAGAACUAUCGGCAGGAGAAGAAGCGGGCUACAAAGCAGCUCUUCAGCGCCCUGACCGACCCUAGUGUGGUCAUCAUGGCUGACAGCCUGAAGAUCCGAGGGACCCUGAAGAGCUGGACGAAGCUGUGGUGCGUGCUGAGACCAGGUGUACUGCUCAUCUACAAGACGCCCAAGGUGGGCCAGUGGGUGGGCACGGUGCUGCUGCACUGCUGCGAGCUCAUCGAGCGCCCCUCCAAGAAGGAUGGCUUCUGUUUCAAACUCUUCCACCCGCUGGACCAGUCUGUGUGGGCUGUAAAGGGCCCCAAAGGUGAGAGUGUGGGCUCCAUCACCCAGCCCCUCCCCAGCAGCUACCUGAUCUUCAGGGCCGCCUCUGAAUCGGACGGCCGCUGCUGGCUAGAUGCCCUGGAGCUGGCCCUGCGCUGCUCCAGUCUGCUUCGACUGAGCACAUGCAAGCAGGGCCGAGAUGGAGAGCAGGGGUCGUCGCCCGAUGCCUCACCCUCUUCUCUCUAUGGAUUGCCCACCUCAACCACCAUCCCAGACCAAGACCUGUUCCCGCUGAAUGGGUCUGCCUUGGAGAACCACCUGGAGAAUGAUGCCUUCUCGGACAAGUCAGAACGAGAGAACGCCGAAGACUCAGAUGCUGACACGCAGGAUCACAGCCGCAAGACCAAUGAGAGUGGGAGUGACCCACUGGACAGCCCUGGUGGGCCACGGAGGGGAACCACCUAUGUGGAGCAGGUCCAGGAGGAGCUGGGAGAGCUGGAUGAGACAUCCCAGGUGGAGACAGUGUCCGAGGAAAACAAGAACCUGAUGUGGGUGCUGCUGCGACAGCUGCGGCCGGGCAUGGACCUGUCGCGAGUGGUGCUGCCCACCUUCGUGCUGGAGCCCCGCUCCUUCCUCAGCAAGCUCUCAGAUUACUACUACCACGGGGACCUGCUCUCCAGGGCAGCCACAGAGGAGGAUGCUUACUGCCGCAUGAAGCUUGUGCUGCGAUGGUAUCUGUCUGGCUUCUACAAGAAGCCCAAGGGCAUCAAGAAACCCUAUAACCCCAUCCUGGGGGAGACCUUCCGCUGCCGCUGGCUGCACCCUCAGACCAACAGCCACACCUUCUACAUAGCAGAGCAGGUGUCCCACCAUCCUCCUGUGUCUGCCUUCUAUGUCAGCAACCAGAAGGAUGGCUUCUGCAUGAGCGGCAGCAUCACAGCAAAGUCCAGGUUCUAUGGGAACUCACUGUCCGCGCUUCUGGACGGCAAGGCUAAACUCACCUUCCUGAACCGCAAGGAGGAGUACACCCUCACCAUGCCCUACGCCCACUGCCGAGGGAUCCUGUAUGGCACCAUGACCAUGGAGCUAGGGGGCAAAGUGACCAUCGCAUGUGAGAAGAACAACCUCCAAGCUGAACUGGACUUCAAGCUCAAGCCUUUCUUUGGGAGCAGCACCAGCAUCAACCAGAUCUCUGGGAAGAUCACGUCAGGGGAGGAGGUCCUUGCACGCCUCACUGGACACUGGGACAGAGAUGUGUUUAUCAAGGAAGAGGGCAGUGGAGGCACCGAGCUCUUCUGGACUCCUAGUGAGGAGGUCCGCAGGCAGCGGCUGAAGCGGCACACAGUGCUUUUGGAAGAACAGAAUGAGCUGGAGUCUGAGAGGCUCUGGCAGCACGUCACCAGGGCCAUCCGUGAGGGUGACCAGCACAAAGCCACACAGGAGAAGUCUGUGCUGGAGGAGGCACAGCGGCAGCGUGCCCGUGAGCACCAGCAGAGCCUCACUCCAUGGAAGCCACACUUGUUCCACCUGGACCCACUCACCCAAGAAUGGCGCUACCGAUAUGAGAACCACAGCCCCUGGGACCCCCUGAAGGACAUCGCCCAAUAUGAGCAAGAUGGGAUUCUUCACACACUACAGAGGGAGACUAUGUCUGGCCAGACAACCUUCCUGGGGAGUCCAGGGUCCAGACACAAGAGACCUGGCCCCGACCGGCGGCUCCGCAAGGCCAGUGACCAGCCCUCUGGCCAUAGCCAGGUCACGGAGAGCAGCGGCUCCACACCUGAAUCCUGCCCAGACCUCUCUGAUGAGGACUUUGUUCCUGGUAGUGAGAGCCCAUGUCCUCGGUGCAGGCGAGACGCACACCGGCUACGGAUGCUACAGGAGGCUGUGCUGUCUAUUCGGGAAGCUCAGCAAGAGCUGCAUAGGCACCUCUCAGCCAUGUUGAGCUCCACAGUUCGUGCCAGGCAGCCGUCGGCCCCCAGCCUCCUGCAGAACCCCCGCUCCUGGUUCCUGCUCUGCAUCUUCCUGACAUGUCAGUUAUUCAUUAACUAUGUCCUCAAAUAAGAGCCCUUGGGAUCUGCAUGCAGGGUGAUGCCUGCAGAGUUCCCUCCUAGGCACCCAGCACUUUACACCGGCCAAUGGAGGCAGUGAGGCCCACAGGCAUGGCUACUGGGACAGAAGGGUCCUCGUGCGAGAGGAUGGCAGGUGGGGCCUGGGGCUAUGAGGGUGCUGUGACCCCAACUGUAGGACCCUCCAGGGAGCACUGGCCUCUCCUACAGAGCCCUCCACCUAGCACCGGCCUUAACGCUAAAGCCAAAUGCAGUUUUCUGCCCUGCAGUGUGCCCCUGAUCAUCUCAAGUUGCCACUCCCAAGCCAGCCCCCACUUGCCACAUGGCAUCAGAUCUGGGGGUCAGGAGGACCUGUGCAGGCUCUGGACAGUCACUCCCCGCAGCGCAGGAGAAAGCGAGGAGGUUUCCAGGAGCAGCAGGAAAGACAACUCCAGGAUUUCCCAGGGCUCUUUGAGCGGCGACGUUGACUUCGGGACAGUCUGCCCACUCAAGCACUGACAGGCUGUAGCCGCUCUGGUGAGGACAUUGGGACCUUUAUCCUGUUAUUAAGCUGCUUGGACAGGAGCCUGUUCAGGGAGUUGCCGAACCCACACCUGCCCCUACAGCCAGAGGAGCCCACCUGUGCCAGGGGAGUGCCCUGGCCAAUGGCAGUGUGAGCUUGUAAGCAAGAGAAGUGCCCAGGGGGUGUCCCCAAAAGCCAGGGAGGCUGAAGCUUGCCACAUGCCCUGACCAACACAGUCUUCCCAUUCUGUUGACAUUCUAAAUACAUAUAGUUGGCAAUAUUCCAGGCAGCUGUGUGCAGUGACCAGCCUCUGCAGCCGGCCCUCAACCCUGUGUGGAUGGCCCUCUGUGCGUGCGUGUGCAUAUGUAUGGGCACCUACACGUACUCACAUUCGGAGCCUUAAUACCUUGUUGGUGCCAUCUCCACUGUAACUGAUCCCUUCAAGUUUUGUAUCCAUUUGUCUCUCCUUCCCCAGCCUGGGGGUGUGUCUGCUCCAUGCCUUGAAAUAAAUGGAAAUACAUGUA